UGCCAUACGUCGGGUUCUUCCGGCAAAAUUGUAUGCAUAUUUCAUUUGUUUCUGUCGCGUAGAGUAAAUCGUACAUCUUGUUUAGAGUUCCAGACUACUGUCAAAUGGAGUAAUCAUGUGGCUUAAAAACUUAAAUUUCUGUUUUCCUAAUUCAACAGGUCUGAAAAAAAUGUGAAGUACUUUCUAACUGGAUAAAAAUAAAUGUAGUCGUGUAUGGUGUCAGUGACCUUCUUCUUACAGCACUAUGGGAUAUUAAUAAAGGAACCUUGUCGAUGCUCUACAUACUCUUUCCUGGAUGAACCUACUUUCACAAAAAUAUCGGAUCCUUGGAAAGAAGGGUGAGGGGACCUUCUCUGAGGUCCUCAAAGUUCAAGUCAUCAAAGAUGGCUCCUACAGGGCUUGCAAAAAGAUGAAACAAACCUAUGAAAGCCUGGAGCAGGUGAACAACUUGAGGGAGAUCCAAGCCAUGAAACGUCUGGCACCUCACCCGAACAUUCUGGAACUGAUGGAAGUCGUUUUUGACAAAAAAUCUGGCACGUUGGUCCUGGUCUGUGAGCUGAUGGACAUGAAUAUUUAUGAGCUGAUAAGGGGCAAGAGACAUUACCUGCCGGAGAAAACCAUCAAAAACUACAUGUUUCAACUGCUCAAGUCUAUCGAUCACAUGCACCGGAAUGGAAUCUUCCACAGAGAUGUCAAGCCAGAGAACAUCCUCAUCAAGGAUGAUUUGCUGAAGCUUGCAGACUUUGGGUCGUGUAGAAGUAUUUACUCAAAGAAACCCUACACGGAAUACAUCUCCACCAGAUGGUAUCGAGCCCCUGAGUGUCUCUUAACAGAUGGAUACUAUGGAUACAAAAUGGAUAUUUGGAGUGUUGGAUGUGUUUUCUUUGAGAUUCUCAGUUUACACCCCUUGUUUCCUGGCUCUAACGAGGUGGACCAGAUUGCCAAGAUUCAUGAUGUCAUGGGAACCCCUGACCCAGCUGUGCUCAAUAAACUCAAAAGGUCAAAGGGCAUGAACUUUAACUUCCCACCCAAGAAAGGCACUGGGAUUGAAAGGUUGUUGACCCAUGCGGCACCUGAAGCCAUCGAGCUGAUCUACCUGAUGUGUACAUACGACCCUGAGGAGAGGAUUACAGCACGACAGGCACUCAAACACCUGUACUUUAGAGACAUAAGAGAUGCAGAAAAAAGGGCCAUUCUUCAAGCCAAGCAGAUGGUGCCGCCAGAGGAGGCGGAGCCGCAGCCAUCCGUGCGAGACGAUAACGAGAUCUCCGAGAAAAUCAUCCAGUUCCAGCAGGACCCAUCCUCCCCCCUCAAGACCAGGAUGACGGAGAUCACAAUGUAUCCCACCCUGCCCAAGGCCCAGUCACAUCCCACACAUCCGUUCAAGGACAGGAGACGGCACAAAAACAAACGGACCAUUGAGUCACAGAACUACUCCAACCACACCGGAUUACUGCCCAGAGUUCCAAUGCACCCAGCGACCUUUAACCCCACAUUCCACACCUCCAGCUUCCUCACCUCGUACAACAAGAUCCCCGCGGGGGUGACAACCCAGUCAUUGCUGCCAACCAUCAACAACAGCUACAAGCCUCACAGGUCACCAUUAAAGACAUCUAAGACUCUGUACAACCAAUACAACUUACCUUCGCUGGACCAGCAACGUUACUAAUGAGGUUCUCCCGCAGUUUCCAUCCAUCAUGUGUUAUUAUCUUAUGGCAUUUCAGCGUAAGGACACAUCAAUUGUCAUAUAGAUCAUACACAUCAUAAAUUGACAGUGUGAGAAAAAAAAAGCCGUCGUUGUUCACAUCAUUGAUGUUCACUUUGAGGUGAUUGAUUCACAUCACAGUUGAAGCUCUACCCACAUUGAUGUCACUCACCUUUCGUUGAUCGACGUAAGACAUUUUUUUCCCCUCUAAAAAAGACGGAGUGAUAUUUUUGUUUAUGGUAGGAAGAGCAUUCCGAGGUCAUCCAACAUCAAAGCAUACAAGACAUUUUU